UUUUUUGAUCCCUUUGGUGACUCGUAGUCAACAUACGACAGCGGAUGAGCUGUUCUUACAACCACAAAGCGAGCAGUCUUGUGCUAUAUGGGAUAUGACUUGUGUAUUUAGCAACUAUGAAACCUCCACGUCGUCAGCGAACUGUACCAUCACGCUUCCAUAAAACCCCUGAGCAAGAACAGAUAGAUAGUGCCAGAUCACUCUGCAAAGGAUGGAAUCGCAAAGACCUCCACAGCUUCUUGCAGGCUUUAAAACAGCAGCAGGAUUUUGAAUCUGAAAUAGAUCUGACUGAGAUUCAAAAGAAGAUUCCUCAGCGUUCUCUCAAACAGAUUGAAAACCUGAUAAACAAAGUGAAGUUGCGUGUGCUACAGAAGGUGUUUAAACAGGUCAAGAGUCAGAGGAAAAAGGAACGCAAGGCUAAAGUUCCCAUUGAAACCUGGGGAGAAAUGGUACAGAAAAUCUCUACAUCUCAUGGGAAGACUAUUUCCGCUGCCUUUUCCCAGAUGCUUGUGGUUGCUGCCACCGAGCCCUGUAGCCUGAUGCACUCUGAACCUCCACACCCCGUUACACAAACACCUGUUUUCUCCCGUCUUUACCCUGCUCACACCCCUAACACCACUUCACGGCCUACCACCUCUGGCGUGAGCCCAAGCUCCAGUGUUUCCACUGCCUCAGCCGUAUCAUUCAUUCGGCCUGACUCUAGUUCAAGCGCUGCUGGCCACAUUGGCAAAUCUGAUACGGUAUCGAGCAGUUUACAUCAAGAGCCAGUCAUGCCUGAAGCAUCCACACCCACAUCAAGUUCCAGCCAGUCGCAAUCAGAAGCAGAAGCAGCAGUGUCCAGUCCUGUGUCCAGCAGACCAUCUCCAUCAACUUCCUCAAAUAAGCCCAGUCCAAUUUCGUUGGAACUGCUAGGUCACGAUUACCCAUGCAAACCAAGAAUAAUGAAGAGCGUUGUGAACUUUGACAAGAUUUAUGCAUAUUUAAGUGACAUGGACUCGAAAACCUGCAGUUCAGCUCUUUCUUCAAUGGAGUGUGCAGUGCUGCUGGAUCUGCUGAUGUGUUUGCCUGAGGAGCUCCCGUUACUGGACUGCAAGGGGCUUCAACAUCAUCUCCUCCAGUUACACUCGCAGCUCUCCAAGCCCACAGUGAAGCCAGAAUCCUAUUCAAAUGGCCCACUUUCUGGUGAAGCUAACAGCUCUACAUCAGCACAGAAGCCUAGCGCUGCUGCCGGAUCCAGUGAAAAGCAUGGACCAGUGAAGGACAGUGAAGACUGGGCCUCGGCUGGCAUCUGUCCUCUCAAUCCUCUGUCAGUUCCAGUAACUUUGCUGAAAAGAAAAUCUGUGGAUUGUGAUAAAUGACAUGGUUUUCCAGGAACAGUUGAAUUGGGAUUGGGUUGAGCCUGGUUUGUCAGGUAUUGUUUUACUAGAGUUUAGUGAAUUCUUCCAGAUGAGGAUUCUGUUUCAAAAAAGUUUGUUAUAAAACCAAGAUGAGAAAGUGAAUGUGAACGUUGAACCAUGAUUCUUCAAAUUGUGGUGAAUCUUAUUUUGUAUAUAAUUGAUGUAUAUUUGUGAGUUUCAGUCUGUAAUCUAUUUUGAAUGCAAUGCUAAAAAAGGUCAGUUAAACAAAGGUGUAUCUUUUAUUUGUCAGUUUAGCCAAACAGUGUUCAUGUCAUACCCCAUCAUUCAUUUUUUAUAUCUUUUGAUUAAAUUUUUCCCAAAUUUUCCAAAACUGCAGCUCUGUUGAUUCCUAAAUGGUGGAACUUAGAAAUAAUCAUUCAUAGUUUAUUAUUUUCAUUCUGCUUCUACUGCAGUUAACAAGUCAAUGGAAUGUUCAUGUAAAACAAACAUAUAAAUAAAAAAAAUAUAUAUAUUUUGUC